GCAAUUUUAACUCACAGGUUAUUAAAGGAGAAAAAUAAGAGCCUCCCAAAAGCUGGGACUCUUAUUUCAUUAUUAUGUGCACAAAGAACAGUUGGCACUGCUUUGGAGAAAUACAGGAAAAGGGGAAAUAUAUAAUGUGUAUUACAUUAAAAAAUAAAUAAGUUAUUCAAAAUAAUUAAAAUAACAAAUAAUCAAAAUUAACAGCAUAAUGGUAUUCGUGCCAUUAUGAAUGAGUUUAAGAGAUUCAGGUAAAGAAUCAAGAAUUGUUUUUUUUAAAUGUUAUUUUUAUUUUUAUUUUUUUGCAGUGUAAAUAUUUACACUGCAAAACAUUGGCUACAAAAAUACAACAUAUUCAGCAGCAUGGUUAUUACUUGAAAAAUUAACUCAGUUUAUAAAAGGAGAAGACAAAUGAGGUCUCGCAUCAUCCCAAACAGUGCGAGUCCGGAAUCAGCGGAUAAAGUGGAGUUCGGAUGACGUCACAGUGGUUCCCUGGAGGUUCGCGGAAGAGUGAGUGCGCAUGAUGCUGAGCUGAACAGCUGAUUCUGUGCAUUUAAACAGCACGGACAGCUCCGUUCCGCAAACCUAGCAUCUACUGCAGUAUAUAAAGGGCACAAGUCUUUUCCUAAACGCUGCAACAACAAAAAAACAAACAACAACAACAACAAAAAACGCAUCAGCCUCGCGAUGAAGCGACUUCUUCAUUCACCUGCCAGGGCACGAGAAGAGUACCGGUAUCAAACGGCACGUCCUUCAUCACAACUGAUCUCAAGGACUGCCGUUAGCCUGGGGUCCAAAACUGUACUGAGAGGUAAUGAAACCCUUGAAUUCGGUGCUAGAGCAGUCGAUAGCUUAGAUUUUUCACAUAAACUCGCAGGUGGGAUGCCUCUGAGGAAAGUGAGUGAGAAAGAAUUACUGCAGGGACUCAAUGACCGCUUCGCGGGUUUCAUCGAGAAGGUGCGUCAACUGGAAAACCAAAACAGAACGCUCGAGAGAGAAAUCGAGGCCAAUAGAUUCAAAGCCAAUUCCUCUACCUCUCUGUCCAAAGAGUAUGAAUCAGAACUCAACGAUCUGAGGCAGCAAGUUCACGAGAUUGCACUUCAAAAGCAUCAGAUUGAGAUCAAUCGCCAGAAUCUGGAGGACGAGUUCAACACUUUGAGAGAGAAGUGUGAGAGAGAAGCCUGUGGUCGAGUCGAUGCUGAGGACAACAUUUCAGUGCUGAAGAAAUGCAUCAUCGAUGCAAACUUAGCCAAGCAAGAGAUGGACAGAAAAGCAAAAGCUCUGGAAGAUGAAAUCAGCUUCCUGAAGAAAAACCACAAGAGCGAGGUGGCAGAAAUGAUAGUCCAAAUCCAGGAAGGUCAUGUGACUGCAGAAAUGAGUGAUUUUAGUAGAAGCGAUAUUACUGCAGCUCUGAGAGACAUCAGGAUGCAAUUUGAAGGUCACACCAACCCUGACAUCCGAUACGCUGAGGAGCGCUUUCGCACACAGCUCGCCAAACUGACCAAAGCUGCUGAGGUCAACAGAGAGGUCGUCAUUGCAACUAAAGCAGAGAUUAAUGCACACAGGAGACAGCUUCAGUCCAAGAACAUUGAGCUGGAUUCUGUGAAAGGUGUGAGAGAGGCACUGGAGAGGCAGCUCUAUGACCUCGAGCAACGACACAAUGCUGAAAUCCAUCAUUACCAGGACACAAUCAGAGAGCUGGAAUUCGAGCUGAAAAAUGCCAAAUGUGACAUGAGCAGCCAUCUCAGGGAGUACCAGGAUCUUCUCAAUGUAAAAAUGGCCCUGGAUGCUGAAAUUUAUUCUUACAGAAAACUUUUGGAGGGGGAAGAGUCAAGGUACUCUACAAUCUCGGAUGCACAUAUUUCAGUACCACAUAUUUACAGACAGUCACCCAUCUAUACUCUCCCUUGUGUCAAAAGGCAGGGGGGAGCAACUCGGAAAGCAGAGCCUCAGUACAAAUUUGUUGAAGAGAUCAUUACAGAGACAACCAGAGAAGAUGUGGAGAUAUCAGACACUGGGUCUGACAAGAGCAGGGAGGGGAGAGAAGGUGACAAACCAGACGAGGAGAGCAGUGAGAAAGAUACACAAGGUGACAUCACACAGGAGGAUACUGAAGAACCGGCCAUGGAGAACAGCAAUGGAGAUAGCCGUGAAACAGAGGCAGAGGAAAAUGAAGACAAUCCGACUGAAGGUGUCGGUGAAAGAGAGGAAGAGCCAGCUGAAAACACUGAGGUAAACAAAGAUGCAGACACUGACUCUGAACCAACUCAAGACACAAUUCCAGCAAAAACACUUGAUGAAACAGAUAAAGAUGAGCAAAUAGACACAAAGAGCAUAGAGCUCAAAGACCAGCAGGAUGGUUUAAAAGGAAAAGUACAAGAUGCACCUGAUGAGGAACAUGUGAAGUACGAUAAACCAGCUAUAGAGGUAGAUAAAGAUGUCCCAAAAUCAAAACUGUUAGAAAAGCAAGUAAUGCCAGAGAAAUCAGCUGAAACUGGUCCAAAAGACAAACCACCUCAGGAGCCACACGGCGGUCCUGAAAUGACAAUUCGAGAAAACACUAAGCCCAGUGAACAGGCCAAUGAGGUAUCUUCUCAAAAAAAUGCAAAAACAGCAGAAAAAGAGAAAGAAACAGCGGCAGUGAAAUCUGUAGAGGUGGAUACUCCCACACCGGAACCACAGCCAGCACCUGAAAAUGCUGAGAUUGGAAAAAAGACUACUUCAGGAGAGGAUACAAAGGAGGAAUCAAAGAAGAGUAGAGAUGAAAGUUCACCUAAAAAGGAUAUUUUGGACAAUGUGAAGGUAGAAGCUCAAAAAUCUGAGCAAGGGGAUACCAACAAUUUAACAGAGGCUGAAAAACAUGUGGAGAAAAAGCAAGAGUCUCCAACAAAAAAAGAGGAAAAAGAACAAAAAACUGAGGAAUCCGUGAAAAAGGAAGAAAGCAAAGCUGUUGGAUUGGUAGACAGUGUGAAAACAGAAAAAGUAGAAAGUGCCAAGCCUAAAGAACCAGAAAAAACACAAGACCUUUCACAGGCUGCAGGAGAAAAAUCUAAACCUGAAGAGUCAAAGAAACAGGAAGACACCACAAAAGAUAGCAGUGUAGACAGUGUGAAAACCAGCAGAGGAGAAACAAAAGUCUCAGAAAAGACGGUUGAUGAAACACAGAGUAAUGAAGCCCCUAAAUCCAAGGAAACCAAAUCUGAUGCAAAGCCAGAGCAAAAGGAUCAUAAAGAGAGCAAAGUGGAGAUGUCUGAAAAAGCAGAAGGGGAAAGUGUAACAACCAAAGGCCCUCAAACUGACAGUGGAACCACCAAAGAUGUAAAAAGUGAAGAAACUGUCUCAAAAGUUGACAGAGAAUCAGACAGUGGCUUACAUGAAGUGAAGGCUGUAAAAUCUAAAACAUCAUCCAAAACAGAGGCAAAAGCACCAGAGACAGAGCAGGUUAAAAGGGAGUAGCAAGGAGGACUACAUGAAAAGAUGCAGAUGAAAGAAAGUAAAGCCUUUAGUGUGGUGUAGAAUCCUCAAUAAAAGCCAGCAGAAAAAGAUAAAGAGCAGAAAAUAUAUUGGUAAAAAAAUAAAUAAAUAAAAAAAAGCCCAGUGAGAAAAUGCUUAAAAGAAAAGAGAAUGAAAAAUGUCAAAAAUAAGCAACCUUCAUGAAUGUAUUAAAAAUUACUCACAACUGCAUGACUAUAUAUCUCAGUUGAGCACGAAUUUUGGAAAUUGCCCAUUUAAGUCUGAAUGUUUCUGAUGCAUGUGUACACUGUCAUAUACAGUAGGUGUACAUAAUGAAUGUGUGAAUAUUGAGGAAUGUACAAGAACAGAUUUUUGUUUUAUUAUUAUUUUGCUAUAUCCCUUGCUCUGAUCAGCCAUUUAUUUAAUAUGUAUU